GAGAGAGAGAGAGAGAGUCUGUAGUGACACCGCUCCUUGACGCGCCAGUGUCGUGAGUGUUAUUGUGGCUCAGUGUGGAGCCAAAAACAACAGCAGGAGAAUUUACGCGGAUAACGGCGCAGCGUCUGCAGCAUCAGGAGACAUGGGGAAGGUGGAAGGAGGAAUGAAAUGUGUCAAAUACCUGUUGUUCAUCUUCAACUUCAUAUUCUGGUUGAUGGGUUCCUUUGUUCUGGCUGUGGGGCUGUGGCUGCGCUUUGACCCUGAAACUGUCUCUCUGCUCAGUGGUGAUAAGGCACCGGACACCUUCUUCAUCGGGGUGUAUAUACUGAUUGGUGCAGGCAGCCUGGUGAUGUUGGUUGGGUUUUUCGGCUGCUGUGGAGCUGUGCGGGAAUCGCAGUGCCUCCUGGCAUCAUUCUUUGCCUGUUUGUUGAUCAUCUUUGGAGCUGAGGUGGCAGCAGGAGUGUUUGGAUUCUUAAACAAAGACAAGAUUAUUGAAGAUGUUCAGAACUUCUAUACAAGAACUUACAAUGAGAACAGCAACAGCACCGUGAUCAUCUCAUAUCAGAAAGUACUGAAAUGUUGUGGAACCUCAUCAAACCCCUGCCCUGAUCCCAAACCAGACACCAAGGACUGUGAGACGGGCAUCAAGGAGUUCUUCAACAAUAAACUCUACAUCAUUGGGUACGUGGGCAUCGGCAUCGCUGGAGUCAUGAUCAUCGGGAUGAUCUUCAGCAUGGUUCUCUGUUGUGCUAUUCGCAACAGCAGGGAGGUCAUAUAAGCUGAAUCUUGAUGACUGCUACCCCUCACCUCCAACUUAUUUGCCGCUGAGAGACUAUACAGCCGUCAGAACAAAAUGUCAAAGUUCUGUCCAUCAUCCAUUCAGGGACCCGGGAACUUCAUCUAAAAAUUCUUCCACCUUAGUGGCCUGACCUUUAUUUUCUGUGAGGGAUUCUUUACUAUUGAAUCUGUCUUCCAUAGCAGUCUGGUGUGAACAUAUCUUGUGGGAGGAUCAUAUUUUUCAGUAUGUUACAUUUGUUUUUGUCCGUCGCUGUAAAUUUUAACCCACACACUCCUGCCAAAGUGUCACUGGUUUUUCACACAGCCUUGACACUGACCCUUCGGCUGUGGGAAAUUUCAUCCUGAGAGAGCAACCUGAGGUGAAAGCAGAUGAGUUUGCUUUAUCAGUGCGCACACACACACACACACACACAAAAACACACGCACAAAAACACACACAGGUUUGAGCAGCUAUUCUUCUUAGGACACUGCAUUGACUUUCAUUCAUUUGGACAGACUAAGCAAUUACCUGUUUAACUAAACAGCAUUAAGAUACACACAGAUACCACACACACACACAGCUUACAUAUAAACGCUGCAGUGUUGUGUUACAUGAGACCACAGCCUUAAAAAGGGUUGCCUGGUUGGGAGUCCUGAUUGGUGGAAGUGGGGCAGCCAGCGAAUGUUUUGAGAAUGUAUCUCUCACACACACACACACACACACACAAACACACACACACACACACAGGUUUGUGCAGCUAUUCCUCUUAGGACCCUGCAUUGACUUCCCUAACCUUAACCAUAACCAGUUAAUGCCUAUCCCUAACCUUAACCUAAUUCAAAUCUUAGCCCUAAACCUAACCAGGUCCUUGGUCUCCACGAGGACUACUGGUUCUGACGUGGUCAGCAUGUAUCCACACACAGCAAACUGUACAGUCAAUACAGGAUCCUGUUUAGAUCCUGUUUACAAGGCAAAACCAUGGUUACCUUAAAGGGAAAGUGCGCUGCUUUGGAAAAUACUCUCAAUUACCCACUUGUUUGAAAAAUUGUGACCACUAUUAAUACGUCUAUAACAAUAAAAAAACCAACAAUUACGUAAUUACUGAUUCAUCCACUGAUUUCAUUUAUGUCAAAGCUGCAUCGAAAUUUAAAAGCAAGCAAUGCCAAAUUCUUUCUGAGGAAUGCAUUGUGACCUACUGUAUACCACUUCCUACCCCGUAAUUAUAUCCUUGCCCUCUUAUGUCAGAGUGUGUAUAUUGUUUUCGAGGAGACCUGGUGUUUUCAUGCUUGAUAUAUACAACUGAACCUUUGAUUCCUUCUUACUACCGUCAUGCUCCCUGUGUGCCUUUAAAUGACACCACCAACAAAAAAAUUGCAGGAAACCAACCUCUACAUCCCCCCCACACUUUAAGUCGAUCCAGGUUAAAUCAGGUCAUUGGUUUAUUCCAGAUGUCAGGACUGUAGUAUGUAUAUUUGUGUAAGUUUGUUUUCAGUAGUUGUAAAGUGUUUGUGGCUUAUGUAACUAUUUAACACGAUGUGUGCUGACGGAGGCUUACAGUAAUUGUUCAGUGUUGUCGUAAAUACAGUGUAGCCAUGCGGGACAGAUUCACACAGCCAAACUUGUUUCUUAACGUGCCUUUCUUUAAAAAACAAAAAAACAAAAACAGCUGUUUCGGACUGAACAUAGUUAUAGUGUACAUAUGCCCGCUGGAAUGCUCUUAUUUGUUCUGGUAUGUUUUAAACAGUUUGCCGUUUGUUUAUAACUAUGAAGAAUGAAACAGUUAAUCUUGGUUUUGAUCAAAUGUUUUUGGAUGAAUUGAGUCUACAUGAUUGAAUCAUAUGGGGCAGGCAUCAUGUUUCUCACCUAAAAUGACAAAAAAAUGACUGAACUAAAUUGAUGUGACUUAUUGAAAUGAUGUGACUCUUUUACAUGUCGACAGACAUGCACGUCAGUGGGACAGUGUUUUAACCGCUGCUGGUGCUUUUUGAUGAAAUGAGAGUGAUGUAACCAUGUCCAUGUGGUCAUGUUGAGACACACAAAGCCCCUGGUUAUUGACUUAUCCUUGUUCAUAUUGAUGGUCAUUUACACUACAUGUCUGUAGCUCACAUUAACUGGGUUAGAUCUAUGCUAUAGUUAGUAUAUGACAUGUAACAUUCCAUGUAACAUUCCAACAUUUUAUGUGACAUGUCCCACGGUCUGCAGAAAAGUACAAUAGCAACGUUUUUCGUAGGCACACGUGAAUGUUUGCUUACCAUUGCAGGAAAUCGGGAUGUUUGAGAUUCCGUGGUGUUAAAAAGGAACCAGAAACAGAUUAGUGCUGUAGUUGUUGUUGUUUUUUUUCACAUGGGGGCUUCUAAAACAUUUGUACACAGUCAAGCCUUGUAUAGAUGGUUGUGUGAUAUUUUAUUUUAAUACCAUCCCAGUCUUUUCAGGAAGAUAUGUGAUUGUAGUUAAAUAAAGCUUUAAAGUUUUACACAGUU